AUGGCGGCCCGAGUCUUUGGUGGCGUCACCGGUCGCCGGGCAAAGGGAGGCCUGGGGCUGCACUACGGGACCCUCCUGGGCAGCAGAGCUUGUGCCCACAUGGCAGCAGCUGCCUGGGCCAGUCCCUUUCUCUAUUCACUGCUGCACACAGCCAAUACAUUUUCCCUGCCCCUGUGCCAUGGCAAUGCCCUGGGCCAGUUCUUCUGUGAAAUCCCACAGAUCCUCAAGGUCUCCUGCUACAAAUCCUACCUCAGGGAACUUGGGCUUCUUGCUGUUAGUGUCUGUGUAGCCUCAAGCUGCUUUGUGUUCAUUGUUUUCUCCUAUGUGCAGAUCUUCAGGGCUGUGCUGAGGAUCCCCUCUGAGCAGGGACGGCACAAAGCCUUUUCCACCUGCCUCCCUCACCUGGCUGUGGUCUCCCUGUUUAUCAGCACUGCUGCAUUUGCCUAUCUGAAGCCCUCCUCCAUCUCCUCCCCGUCCCUAGAUCUGGCAGUGUCAGUCCUCUACUCGGUGGUGCCUCCAGUGAACUAA